AUGCGCAUAUUUCUUGAUUGUGGUAGUACGAUAAAUGAAGUUGACGUUAGUAAUGAUGGACAGAAUACGGUUAAUGGGGUCAAUACACUAUAUGAAAAUAAUCAAUUUGCAUUUGGUGGGAAUCAAAAUGAAAAUAAUUUUGCAGUAAAUUCAGAGGUUUACCAGAAAGAAUUUCAGGCAGAUGCAACAUUUUGUGCGUGGGAUUAUGUGGACGAUAGACCUGAUGCACUAUAUAAUAAUAAUUACGCUGAACAUGAUAUUAGAAAUAAUGUGUUACAUCAAAUAGCAUAUGAAAGGAAUGACAUAGAGAAUUUUGAAAACAAUCGACACUAUGAGUUACAAGUGGGUAUAGGUGUUUCUUGA